AUGUCUGGAGAUCCCGUUGCAGCAAUCACCCGCGCCCUCGUCGCCGAGCAGAUCGUCCCCGAUGUCAUCCCCGACCCCUCCGCCUUCACGCCCACCGUCCUCUUCUCCGUCGUCUACCCAAACGGCGCUGAAGUCAACCUCGGGAACGAAAUGACCGUCGCGGAGACACAAGACGAACCCGAGAUCCGCCUCGCCCCGCUUGCGGCACCGUGGGGCGACGGGAGCGCCGCCGGGGCGCUCGAGACGUCGUACACGCUGGCGAUGCUCGACCCGGACGCGCCGUUCCGCGCAGAGCCGCAGUUCAGGUCUUUCAGACAUUGGGUGGUGACCGGCCUGAAGGCACCCCCAGUCGCCGCGAACACGACGGAGGCUCUCAACGCGCUCAAGACGCACCCGGCGACAUGUCCGUACCGCGCCCCCGGCCCGCGUCCCAACUCGGGCAUGCAUAGAUACACAUUCCUCCUCUUUCAAGAACCGGCGGACAAGGCGCCGUUCCUCGUUCCACAGGGCGAAGUGGAACAUGGCGCGGCGCUCGAGGAGCGGCGGAGCUGGAACCCGAUGGCCUUUGCGGAGAAGCAUGGCUUGAAGCUGGUCGGUGCCAACUAUUUCCUCGUGCAGUCCCCGACGGAGUGA